CCUUGGAGACUGUUCGGGCUGUUUAUGGAGAAGUCUAGAAGUUUCCUCGCCGCUUAUAAAGAAAACAUGCGGGACGCGUCAGCCUGAACACACACACGACUCCUCACCGCCACAGCCUCGACAUGGGGAAGGACUACUACGACAUCUUGGGGAUUAAGAAAGGGGCAUCGGAGGACGACAUAAAGAAGGCGUACCGUAAGCAGGCUCUGCGCUUCCACCCGGACAAGAACAAGUCCGCGGGAGCCGAGGACAAGUUUAAGGAGAUCGCCGAGGCUUACGACGUCCUCAGCGACCCCAAGAAGAAGGAUAUCUACGACCGCUUCGGCGAAGAAGGUCUGAAAGGCGGAGGCCCACCAGGCGGUGGCGGCUGUAGCACUGGUGGUCCUGGCACCUUCAGCUACACCUUCCAGGGUGACCCUCAUGCCAUCUUUGCAGAGUUUUUUGGGGGACGUAACCCCUUUGAACAAUUCUUUGGCGCUCGCAAUGGUGGUAUGGAUGAAGACAUGGACACUAAUGACCCGUUCUCUCACUUUGGGAUGGGGGGAAGUGGAAUGGGUGGCUUCCCGCGCACCUUCAACUCUGGAAUGGGUGGUCACACUAGUGUUGUAAAGAAGCACCAGGACCCGCCUGUGGUUCACGAUCUCCGGGUCUCACUGGAGGAAGUGUUGAAUGGUUGCACAAAGAAAAUGAAGAUCUCCCGGAGAAGACUAAACCCAGAUGGCCAAACAGUACGAAAUGAGCAGAAGAUCCUGGAGGUGCAGAUAAGGAAGGGGUGGAAGGAGGGCACCAAAAUCACAUUUCCUAAAGAGGGAGAUGAAACUCCAAGAAACAUUCCAGCUGACAUUGUGUUUGUGUUGAAAGACAAGGCACAUCCAGUGUUCAAACGGAAUGGCUCUGAUGUCGUUUACGCCGCCAAGGUCUCACUCAGAGAUGCCUUGUGUGGCUGCACAGUCAACGCACCCACACUGGAUGGCAGAACGGUCACUGUGUCCACAACGGAUGUUGUGCAGCCAGGGAUGAAGCGACGUAUUAGUGGAGAGGGGCUGCCUUAUCCCAAACGGCCUGACCGUCGAGGUGACCUGAUUGUGGAGUAUGAGGUGAAGUUCCCAGAUCGGCUCAGUCAGAGCGCUCGGGACACCAUCGCUCAGGUCCUGCCACGGUCUUAAACAAGACAAACAGGGCGACAGGAUUCACGCUAAGCUGCCAACCUUUUACUUGCCUCUCAUCACAUGGACGUUCAUACGCAUAUUAACCUCAAGACAAACGCAAUAAGACUUAUGAACUCAGACUGUCUGUUAGGAAUAUGGUCGAUGAUAAGGCGCUUACAUACUGGUGUUUCUUUGCGGAACAUUUCCCAGUUUCGCCAGUCACGGUGCCUGUAUGUAAUAAAGGCGUAAAAUCUGA